AUGAGCCCUGGUCAAAAGCACAGGGGUAGUGUUUUGCUCCGAGACGUGCAGGUACUCACCCUGUAUAAAGGCAAGUACAGUCGUGGCCAAAACAGUAGUGCUGUACCUCAGCUGCAGUGUGCUGGAGGCUCAGCCAGCUGUGGAUCCUUCAUUUCUGAAGUGGUUCAAUGCAAAAACAAAGGCUGGGACAGAGUCAACGCACAGUGGGAGUGCAAAACUGACAUGGACAGCGCCUACAAAUUUGGACGGAUAGAGGUCAGCUGUGAGGGAUUCAGCCAUCCAGAUGACGCCUACAUACUGAAGGGCUCGUGUGGACUGGAGUACUCACUGGAGCUGACUGAGGAAGGCAAGAGGGGGCACAAGGGGGGCUCAACAGCUUCAAGGGUUCCUCCGACAACAACAACCAGCAUCACCAUUGCAACAACAGACAACAAGAGUUCUACCGGGAAAGAUUCCAGUGGGUUAGUGAUAUUCGCUCUGCUAUUGUUUCUGGCCUAUGGUAUGUACAAGCUUUUCCUGAGUGGACCGACGAAUCUAGUACAAGACUGGCAGUUCCCUGAUAACGGCUACAAUCCCCAUGGGCCACCACCUCCUGGAUUCAAGCCAGACUUCACAGGGGCCCGUGCUGCUGGGGGAACUGGGAAUGGAUUCUGGACUGGGAUAGGGACUGGAGGAGUCCUCGGUUAUCUGUUUGGGAGCCAGUGGUACCGCUGA